UACCCCUUCCUAGUGGCGACCAUUUUUAUGCCCCCACCCGGAUUCCCAUUUCCUCCAGUUUUGCUUCGAGCUUAGAUCUUCUUCUUCCUCGUGGACCAGAGAAGAUCUGAGUAACCAUAUGAACAGAGAUCGCUGAUUUGAUUUGUCAUUUGUUGGAUUAAUUCCCAGGUUUCAGAUUUAGGCUUACAUAGCAAAGAUGCCGCCAACUGAUUCUUCACGCGAGGAGAAUGUGUACAUGGCCAAGUUGGCCGAACAGGCUGAGAGAUAUGAGGAGAUGGUCGAGUUUAUGGAGAAAGUUGCCAAGACUGUCGAUGUUGAGGAGCUAACAGUGGAGGAAAGAAAUCUCCUCUCUGUGGCUUAUAAGAAUGUGAUUGGAGCUAGGAGAGCUUCGUGGAGGAUCAUAUCUUCCAUUGAGCAGAAGGAGGAGAGCAGAGGGAAUGAGGAUCAUGUUGCGAUUAUCAAGGAGUACAGGAGCAAGAUUGAGACUGAGCUCAGCAAGAUCUGUGAUGGGAUCUUGAACCUUCUUGAGUCUCACCUCAUUCCAUCUGCCUCAUCCGCCGAGUCCAAGGUGUUUUACCUCAAGAUGAAAGGUGAUUACCACAGGUACCUUGCUGAGUUUAAGACUGGAGGCGAAAGAAAGGAAGCAGCUGAGAGCACUUUGUUGGCUUACAAGUCUGCUCAGGAUAUUGCCCUGGCUGAGCUGGCUCCAACCCACCCGAUAAGGCUUGGACUUGCACUUAACUUCUCAGUCUUCUACUAUGAAAUCCUUAACUCACCAGAUCGUGCUUGCAAUCUGGCAAAACAGGCUUUUGAUGAGGCUAUUUCUGAGCUUGACACAUUGGGUGAGGAAUCCUACAAGGAUAGCACUUUGAUCAUGCAGCUUCUCCGAGACAAUCUGACACUCUGGACUUCCGAUAUCACGGAUGAUGCCGGGGACGAAAUCAAGGAAGCAUCAAAGCGCGAAUCCAGUGAAGCACAGCAGUAACGAGGCUUCUGGUUCGUAGAAUUUGUACUAUGUACCCUUUUAUCUUGGGAUCUUUGUAAUAGAUGCCAUGUGGAUUGUAGAAGGAUUUGCCUAUGAACUUGACGGUCUUGAGUGCGUCAGCGCUCAGGGUUGAAAUGUUCCAGCCUAGGGUUGGAAUGUUCCAACAGAUCGCAAAAUUGCGUUUUAUAAUUGGUGAGAAGAAUUUGGUUCAGUGCUUUCAGUGCUGUGCUAAAUGAUUUAGUGUUAAAAAUUAGUGUAUUUUUUUUCACUGUUUCUUCAGAUUUCCAAUGGCUUGUGUUGUUUUUUUACCAGAUUUAACAUUGUGGAGCUUGUAUUCUUUAUGCAUCUCUCAACUAGAUUGUUUUUCGGGUA